AUGAACAGAAGGGGGCAUCUGUCCAAGAAGAUCCCACAGGUCAAGAUUCGGCCUGCCCCUGCACGCUCGGGAGAUAACCGCCAGGCGUCACCCGGGAGUGGCUGGGAUGAAGAGCGGGAGGAGAUUGAUAUCGCUCAAGAGGCUCAACUGCAACGUCAAUCUAGAAAGAAUGCUAAACCUUGGAAAGGCGUACACCUCACCUUCACCGGUGUGGAGAACAAGGCACACUUGAUGGGUCUUGCAAGAGAGCUGGGAGCCAAUACAGAAUCAGCACUGACUAAAUCCGUGACCCAUGUUGUGGCUGUUGCCUGUCAAUCCGCCAAAUACCAUUAUGCCGUCGAGCAUAGGAUCCCGGUGAUGACCCCCAUGUGGAUAGAAGAUGCUCAUGCUGUAUGGCUGGAGGGCGACGACUUUGACUUUUGGGAGAUGCAGGAGGCGCACAGGCUUUUACCGUUUGAAGGGUUGCGGAUAGCCAUGUCGGGCAUUGAGCACCUUGAUAGGCGGCGCCAGAUUGUCGACCUGAUCAAUUACAACGGCGGGAUAUACUCUAAAGAUCUCGACAAGGAGUGCACCCACCUCGUCUCGUCGAAACCCGCCAUGGAGAAGCGUCCAUCCGAAAAGAUCAAAUGGGCCCUUCGCAACAUUGCCGACAACGAAGCCGCCAGAAGAAGAGGCAAUAAGAUUAGUGAGGACGCAGACAUCAAAAUCGUCUACGAGGAGUGGGUUUGGGAUUGUGUGGCGUACAAGGGAAGAUGGAAGGAGACAAUGUACGACGCGAGGAAGCCAAGAAGAGGGGGAAGGGUAGAUCCAACGGAUGUGAUUAACGACACGGUCAACCUACCUGAACCCGAACGUCGGGUCGUACUUGAAACCGCUGUCAACCUUCCCGACAACUUUGACGCCUCCGAGCCCGCUGCCAUCAAACGUCGCAAAGAGAAAGGCCUCGAUUCUCUUGUGGGACAAAUCAUACCGGGGAUCAGCAAUGGAGGGGGAAGUGGCAGAAGCACUCCUAAAAGAGCUUCUCCGGAUGUUGAAGAGGAGCCAUUGGCUAAAAGGCCAAAGACUGUCAAGUCCUCAAUGGCGCAUCUUUCGCGGACUACUUCGUUUGCUGCCGAAGCUGAACGCAAACCGCCAGCCCGAUCAAAGUUUUCAUCAACUGCCGUGAUUGAGGACGUAGUCGGCGAUGUGUUUGAAGGACUCAAGAUGGUCAAUCGCGCAGAUGGCAUCUUUGACCAAGUAAACACACAUCUUGGUAUGAGAGGCGCCAUCUUGGUCAGUUGGUCAGAGUUCAAUGCAGGGCUAGAAGUGGACUAUGUCAUUGUCAGGAUGGAUUUCAAGGGAGUGCCGGAACAGCAACAAUCAGGCCAAACUAAAUGGGUCACGGAGAACUGGGUGGAGUGCUGUGUGACCGAGGAAGCUAUCGUGGAUCCGAACAUCGAUAUAUUCUAUCGCCCGCUGACUUUCCCCACCCCCCUUCCUGCGCUCGGAUUCAGUCUGUCAGAAUCCGCUGCUUCACAAGAAAUGACCCAUCUCGUCACCAACCAAUCAAACACACACAAGAUGCGAAGAGCUAGUCGGAUAGGCGCCAAGAUUGUGUCGAUAGAAUGGAUUCAGAAAAUGGCAGAGACGGGGAAAUUGGAACCCUGGGAAGACUACCAGUUAAGGCUUCCAAUGAAUGCCUUGAGUGAGCCGGCUUUCCGACGACUAUGGAACGAAGCUGAUGAUAUGAGCAGAGCCGCGAAUGAGCAACAAUGCGGACAUGACUUCAAACAUAUUGUCUCCAAGACUGCUCGCGAACAAGCGGCGUCCGCUGCUGGACCAUCGAAUGGUGCUUCAUCUUCCGGUGCUGAGACCACUCGAGCUCUUCGUGCGCAUCCGACGCAUAUCGAUAGAGCGUCACCCGAAAAGAAGGACAAGAUGAAGGCCCCCGCCCAUCCUGUCCCUUCAGCCGGUGGCUCUGCUCGCAAAUUACCAACAGGCAUUCAUUCACUAUCUCCCGAGAAGCAGUCGACGCUUCUGAGAGCCGAAGCUUUACCCCUCAAAGCCGCCGAGUCCUCUCCCAAAGUUCCCACCGCCGCUUCACCCUCAAUAUCCAUCCACAAUCCCUCCCCAGCCAAGUCUGCAUCCUCCCGAGCCGCGAGUAAAUCCCCAGUCAAGCCGUCCGACCUGGAUAUCGCAGAUGUCGUUGGCGAGAACCGAGUGCUGGGGCAGAAGGAGAGCAUGACGGAGGUCAUGAGACGUUUAGCAGAGCGCCCUAGUGGGUCCGCCACAAAGAAUCCUCCCAGAAGAGCGCGUCCUUCUGCAAGGUUAAAGACGACCGCAUCCAGGUCUCCAGCUGUCAACUCACCGGCUUCCAACAGCACCGCGGGUGCAAACCCCUCACCUCUCUCCCGCCCUGCCUGGGAGGAAGAGUCUAUGCAGUACCCGGACGAUCCUCUGCGUGAUCUUGCUCUGGGACAAGCAGAAGAGUCUAUGCAGGUAAUGCAUAUGGACCCUGCGGGAGACAAGGCAAAGAGACGGCUGUAUGCGCUGCUGAAAAAGGGAGAAGAAAGUACGUAG